AUGGGGUUUGACAGACAAUUCGACAACGGCUUCUACUUCAACCACGUCUUUCGGUGGCUGGAUUUAUGCUGUGUACAAGAGGCUCCCAAUGGGCGGCUAAUGGGCUACAUUCUCUGCAAAGCAGAAGGAAGUCAUAAUGAACGGCAUGGGUACAUUACGGCUCUCAGUGUAGCACAUGAACACCGCCGACACCACCUCGCACAGCCAAUGAUCGAGAUGCUCGAAGUUGUUUCCGACAAAGUCUACUUUUUCGUUGACUUGUUCUUCCAGCGCACAAUUAUUAUCGCGAUCAAGAUGUAUGAAGGACUGGGGUACAGUGUGUUUAAAAGGCUGCGGGAAUAUUAUGGUCGUCUUGGGGUUGGGGGGAUGAGGCACGCGGGACGAAGCUGUUCUUUGUUGACAGAAGAUCUGGAAUUAGAUUUGCGAAAGCCAUUUCCAGGCGAUCCAAAGCGACGUUCAGUCAGGCCAAACGGGAGAGAUAAGAUUGUCAGUGCUUGUGAGGUAUCAUAA